GGGUAUAACGCUCUUGCUCUUUCUUUCUUCUGCUGUUCAACAAAAUACAAUUUGAUUUAAAAUGAAAUUAUUUGUGUAUAAAGGAGAGUUUGGACUUCCUUCAAUAGAUUUCGAAUGUUUGAGAGUUUUGACUUAUUUCAAGCUCACCGAUUUGAAUGUUGAGAUUGAUUACUCGUGUAGUCCAUUUCAUUCUGACACAGGAUUUCUUCCAUACUUGAUUGAUGAGGAUAGGAAAUAUUGUGGCUACGAUAAAAUCAUAAGUCAUUUACAGAAAGAAAAAGGAUACACGUUGAUCACAUCUGCUCCACAACUUAGUUAUUUGUCUGAAAAUCUUUAUCCGUUUUUUAUGUAUCAACUGUUUGGAAACCCUCAGAAUGUUGACGAUACAAGAGCAUUAUAUGCUAUGAGAACACCAUUUCCAUUCAAUUUUUAUUAUCCUGGAAAAUAUAUUAGAAGAACUGGAGAAGUUUGUCAGGCAGUCUCAACAUUUUCUUUAGAAGAUCCAAUCGACCAACACGACACAGCUGAGAUGAAUUUCAAAGCCAAAAAAUGUUUAAAUUGGAUAAGUGAAAAGCUUGGAAAUAACGAAUUUUUUCUAAAUGGAGUCCCGAGUGAAAUUGAUGCAACAAUUUAUGCUUAUUUGGCAGUCAUCAUUAGAUAUCAACUUCCCAACAAUCAACUUCAAGCUCACGCUAAACAAUGCGAGAAUCUAGUCCGUUAUGUCAAUAAUAUCACAAAAAAGUGCUUUAAAGAUUCCGAAUUAUUUGAAAGUCCAAAAGCCAAAGAGAAAACUAAGAAACAAGAACAAAAUGUUUUUACAGGAGAAGAAGACGAAGAUCCGCCAUCGGUUGUCAGACGUCGUUACAUUCUUUCAGGACUUGUUGCAACAACUGCCAUGAUUAGUUACGCAUUUCUUUCUGGAAUAUUUAGUAUAUCACUUGCAGACCAUGCCGUUGAUUCUUUCUCGUUUGACGAUACUAAUAUGAAAGAUGAUGAUGAAUAGUUUAUAAUCUUUAUUUAGAUAUUCAUUGUUUGAUAAUAAAUAAAUUGAAGAGUAAAUGGACAUUGAAUAAAAUAGUUUUAAGCAUUUGAUGCAUUGUGAAAUGCUUGUAACG